AUGCGCACGGCGCAAAGGCGCCGCCUAGCCAUGGGAUCCUUCUUCGCGGGUGUGUGCAUGCUGGUGAUGCUGACGACACAAUCGACGGAUGCACGCAUCACGAGGGAAGAUAUCCGCCGCGCGCACCUCGCCGUCAGGGAGAGGGGCGGCACUUCUCGCUCGGUUGCGGAUCUGCGGUGUGAAGGCCUACCGCUCCCCACCGCUCCCGAAGGCGCCGUCAAGUUCUUCGCGCUCGGAGACUGGGGUGUUCGAGGCCUGGAUGUGGGAUCAGAAGCACAACUCGACGUCGCUCGCGGGAUUUCGUGCGCCGCUCGAGCGAACCAACCAAGAUUCGUCGUCACGCUUGGAGACAACUUCUAUCCGAAGGGCGUCACCUCAGAAAACGACCGACAGUUCACCUUCAAAUUCGAGGAGGUGUACGGUGAUGACGCGCUGCAGGUUCCGUGGUUUCCAAGUCUGGGGGAUCACGAUCAUCUCGGGGAUGUGAACGCGCAGUCCAUGUACUCGCUGAAGAGCGACAGAUGGUCGAUGCCCCGCGCGUGGUACGUCGAAGUCAUUCCUCUGACGAAUGGAGGGAAGCUCCAGCUGAUCUUUGUGGACUGGGUGGCUCUCGAGGGGAGGUUCAGCGUGUCGGUUAACGAUAGGCGCUUUCAGAAGCACCUCGGGGAGGCGGCUGGAAAAGAUACCUCGGAGGAACACUGGGAGUGGCUGCGAAGGGUGACGAGUUCGAGCAAUCCCACUUGGCGGGUAGUCAUCGGGCACAGGCCGCUCAUCUCGGUGUCUGCCCGCUCCGCAAAGGACGACGAGCGGUACCCGGCAGAGGGACGGGCGAGAAGCGCCAUCAGGGAGUUCAUAGAGGGAGCGGACGUGGACCUGUGGAUAAACGGACACGAUCACACGGCGCAGGUGGCGUGCUCGGAGCGUGGGGGCGGGACGACGCACUUCGUGACUUCAGGGAUCGGCGGGUACGAUUUGCACGCGCUGCGACCGCGGGAGGAGUGGGAGGAGACGCUGUACGCCGAGAACGGGUACCACGGGUUCACCGCCCACAUCGUGACGGACGACACGCUCACGACGCAUUUCAUGGACGAGCGCGGGCGGGUCAGGCACUCUUUCGAGAUUAGGAAGGAUAGUUCACGUUGCAACUACUAG